AUGGCAGCGAUAUUAAAGAAACGAAUUGACACCAUCAUGUCUCAUUACCAUAGCAUUUCAAGAUUAAGGGAGGUCUUCAACGAUAUUGAAUUCGUAGUGUACACAGCCCGGUACAGAAUGCUGAGUGAUCAGACAGAGAAGAGGAUUUGCCAUCCUAACGCAGGUGUACUAUCAAAAGAAGAACUCGAAUCACGCAAACGUGACCGUGAUGGAAAGAAAAGGAUGUUCAUGUAUGUUCGUAGUGCAGAAACGGAUACGCAUUUUGAUGAACUCAAACGAGAUGUUCAAGAAAAACCUCAGACACUGUUUGUCAUCGUAGCAGACGAAUGCCAUUGGGGAAUAACACGAGACAAAGAGAGAAAAUCCUCUGCCCAUAAUCUUUUCAUUAAUGAAUGGUGCAAAAAGGACCCUCCAAGAAAUGUGAUUGUUGUACAAAUCUCGGCUACACCUUUUAACCUCCUGACGAAGAACUCUCGCCUUCCCAUGGUUUCCUGCGUCCUUAUGAGAGACAGUGACGUUACAACUCCGAAUGAACACACAGCAGGCGAUCUUGUGGUGCAGACGCAAGACUCUAGCCCUAAAGAGCAUGUGCGAAACACCUCAAAGGAAGUAGAACUUCAUGUUAUCCAUUGGUCCGAGGUCGAACUUAAAAACUUUGAAAGUGGAAUGCGAAUGAAGCUCAAGUCAGCUUUGAUCACUGAAAACUCCCCGUACCAGUACCUUCAAGUGUCCACAAACGGAAAACUAAGUGUAACACCUGAGCGAGAUGAUGCGACAGUAUUCAUCAUCCAAGGCAGUCACGGCAUUGUUACUCUCAAAGCAGAACAAACACCUUCGAAGACCCUGACCGUCAUCAAAGAUGUCCACGGAGAUUUAGAAGCCAAGCAUGAUCCUCCAGAGCCAACAGAAUUUGAAGUGAAGCUAGAUUUUGGAGUAGGAGUGGUUGCAUUUUGUUCCUGCGACGGAAAAGGUCACUACAUUUCUGUUUCUGUUACUGUUUGUGAGGAAUACUCUGUCAGUUUGCAAGGGGCCAAAAUUGAACGAAAAUGUGGUGUUUCCAUUUUGAGACCAUUACACAAAGCAUCUAAAGUUGUUUCGUUUCAGUUCUACAUAGAUCAAUCGGGACCAAUGGAAAUCAACACGGUUGGGAAGCAGUAUAUGAGCUUAAACUACUACCUCAGCACCCUAAACAGUCCCAUCAAGAAAGAUCAGAAAAUUCGGGAUGAUGAGACCUUUCAAAAAAUUGUGGACAAGGCUAAGAGAGGGAGGAAAAAGGCACAGUCAGAUUCGACUUCCUUUCCAAUCGAUGCCUUGCUUUGUGCUGAUUACUGCUACCAUAUUAUCCUUUCGAGUGUUUUCGAUAGUGAUGACAAGAUACGUAAGGCACUGACCCAAAGAUUCAAAGAAUCACCCGCAUCUGAAUUCCACAGUCGCCUCAAAUCAUUCAAGGGGAACCUUUAUUCAACAGACUUGGAAAGGUACAUUGACCCAGAGGCUUUCGAGCUAAUCCAAAAAGAUAUCUGUCAUAGAGUGAAACAAACCUUUCAAGAAAAUCUGAAACAAGUAGCCAAGUUGCAGAAACAGAUGUCACCUGACUGUGUUAAAUUACAGACAGCUGUGGAAGAACUAGCUACAUCAUUUGUUGAAUGCAUGAUGCAUCUUCCUCCCCAAGAGCUGGAAAAACUCGAACACGUUGGUGACAUUAAACAAACACUGCAAGAGUUUAAAAUGGUCGCAAAAUGGCACGAUCUCGUUCAAGCACAUGAAACACAUUACUUAGUGGAAGAUUUGAUUCAGAGCGGGAAAGGUGAUAAGGGCAAAAUGAAAAUUGUACGAGCCAAGACAAUGAGAACUGCUGAUCAAUUUUACUACACGGUACAACUAGCGAGGAAAAUGUCACAUCUUGAAGAAUGCUUCGAAGUCAUUAGAGACUAUGGAGGAAUUCAGAUAGAGAACCAACUAAUGAAGUCGUCAAGUCCCUUUUUCAAAAAACUUCAACCAAAAACUUGUACCAAAAAGUUUGAUUGUAAUUGCAGUGAGCUGAAACUACAACUCAGACAGAAAUCGUGUGCCAAUUGUCAGCACGUACACAAAUCGAUAACGCAGUAUGAGGACCUGGAAAACCUGGCAUGCAUACUCAUUUUGGUCGAUAAAGGUCGCAUGGGUGACACAUUUCCUCAAAGCUUUAACUGUCUCGACUUGCGACUUAACUACGACAGCAGUCAAGAGUUUAAGGAGGGCUCAGCAAUGUAUCUGUCAAGUCUUAUUCAAGAGCUGGGAAGAAUGUGUCGUUAUGCGAAAGUUCCAACAAGUACGUUUCCUUAUGCAUUGGUUGGGCGACAGCUAUUCAAGAAACUCCAAAUGUCAUUGGAGACGUCUCCGUCAAUGAGUGCAACUAUCCGUAGUAAAGCAGACCGGUAUAUGACAACGACGCGCAAGGAAAAAGGGGCACAUUCCUCGUCACUGCGAUGGCUAGACUAUGAAGCUCAUAAGGACAGCUACGAUUAUGAAAACGAACAAACGCACUGCAACAGAAUCCUUCUACAAGCCGAACCUCAGAUUGGCAAGACUGGAACGUACUUGUGCCUGAUAAGAGAUUUACGACUGGAUAUUUUAGGGAAGGAAAGAGUUUUGCUCACUUCACCCGCUGCAUUUGACGAAGGUUCCUUCUACCAGUGGAAGGAGAGAGAUGUUCCUGACGAGUCGGUUGUCAGAGAGAUGGACGAAUGGAAAGACUGGCAACUUCCCUUUUGGAAAACGAUCGAGACUUCUCCAAGCUUGCACGAAAAACCAGUUGGGGCGGGAAAGUAUUCAAUAGGAGGUUGCUUUUACACUCAUGACAUGGAGGAAAUUCCAUAUAUUCUUCUGAAGGGAGAAAAGCAGAAGUUAGUUAAGACUGGUCAUCAACGCCUCAAGACUGACGAUUGUUCAAAUGGCCUUCGUGCCUGGCACUGGUACCAUUUCGAAAAAUGUGCUGAGUGUGGAAGACGUCUUCAAGGUAGAGAAUCUAUCCAAGAAAAUGUGGAGAUAGACAUUGAUGGUAUCCCAGUCACUGUUAGAUGCUCCUUGCCAAGCAAUUGUCCAUCAUUCGCUCAGCUGAAAGAAGGAUCAGAGAGAAGUAAAUCCUUACAGAAUGAUCACACCCUGCCAUACUGGAUAUUUCAUCCUUCACACAGAAGCGAUCCAAAAAAAUGCAUUCUAAAUUACCACCACGUAAUGAAAGACGACGAAUUUGUUGCCAAUUAUUUCCAAGUUGUCGUUGUUCGAGGGGAAAAGUUCGAGGCUUACAGGGAAACUUGGGGAAAAGUGCUCGUCAUUCUACAACUGCCAGAGAAACUUCCAAACUGCGGCCUUGGACCGGAUGAAGGAGGAAUUGGUUAUGCCAGACUGUUCAUUCAAAAGUUCGCAUUUUUUUUAGAGCUUGAAUACGUCUUCAUGAUUGAUGACAAUACGGCCAUGAUGUCUGAGGCAGAAUUUGCAACUGAUCAUAUAUCUGGAAAAGAAAGAAAAGUCCUCAGAGAUGACAAUGGGGUGAUGCAAAUGAGACGCUGUACUUUCCUAAAGCCUUUGAAAAGUCUUCAAAGAAUAAUGCAGGGAAAGGACACUCCACCAAUGGCUGACGGGGAAUACGAGUCUCAUCCUUUAAGACAUAGUUUUGAAGCGGAAGGUUUUCCACUGUAUACCUACACUGGUCCUGCGAAAUUGUUCGGCGAUAAGCAACAUGGGAGCUAUGGUAUUCUUGGUCUGAUGAGAAGUUUCCCAAAAGCGGUGAGUCCCUUUAUAAAGACCCAAGUGUACGCUGUAGUCUUGCUGAAUGUCAAAAGUACUGUGGAAAAAGGCAUCUUUUACCGUCCAUGGCCAUGCUGGGAAGAUCUGCGCUUCAACGAUGAUUGUGACAAAGCAGGUCUAUGGGUUGUUAAAUGCAACCGUUACUCCUUCUUCAAAGUUCAGUACAAAGACUGGAUUGAAAACUUAGUCCUCCCCCAAAUCUUCCCUUGGGAUGAAAAUUGUACGAUCGUGGAGGGACCACUUCAAAGCGAGUUACCUGAAGACCUGGAAGAGAAAAUUAUCCUGGAGCACCUUAGCCGCUUUGUGAACACGUGUGGUCCUGACAAGUGUUUCAAAGGAAGCAUCGGAUGUGAUCGACUGGAUCAAAGAGAGGAAUCUCCCCUUCGCAUUGUUGAAAUACUCGAUGCAGACAUAGUUACAAAAGAAGACUUCGCUCGAGGAGUUUCGUUCCUGGUUCUCUCCUACAGUGCAGAAAAUCGGAGGAGAGAGACCCUAUAUCUCCUUGACUUAUAUUUCUGUAAAACUAAGGAGAAAAUUGUCUUCGUUGCCACUGCCGAGGAAGCAAAGAAGCGGUGGCCUCAGUUGACUAAACACAGCUUAUCAACCGAGAACGGUAUUUGUCACAACGCCGAGAUGAGUGACAGAAAUGCGCAAUUUGCUAUUUUUUCAGCGGCGGACCCAAGAAGGCACCGUCUGCGUUGGAUUUUGAUUGAGGCAUCCUUCUUGCAAGGCAAUGAGGAACUCGAAAGGGAUGCUAGUACAGGUAACGAAAAUGCCUUCCCAAGUGAUCUCGUGGACACGAGAGAUGUGUCAGCAAUUAAGGAACGAAUCCCAAGUAGCAUGGAAAAUAGAAAUAUUUCGAAGAAAGAUGGAAAGAGAUCCCUUCAAGAGCCCCUCGCUAACAUCUGCGAAAUCAAGAGGCAGAAGAUAGAGGAUGACAACUUAUGUCCUGGUGAGACAGAUAACGAUGAUAAUGACGAUUCGAUGUCUAAUGAGGAUGAUGAUGAUGAUGAUGAUGAUAUGAUAUAUUUAGGAACUUCAUCUAAUCAGCAAACAUCACAAUAUGACCGAAGGGUUUCUCAUCAUUCUACCGACUUUGGAGAAAGCAGCUCAAGCAGAAGACGUUAUUUGGAUUCGGUGCACAAUGACCAAGAUUUCUCUCAAGAUGAAAUGUAUCCCUCUGAUUUAGGCGAGACUGGAGAUGAUAGAAUCCAAAACGAUACUGAUACCAUCCUCCUCAAUGAAAGCUGCCCAUCUCAAGACACGACCCAAGAAGACAAAAGUGAUUAUUCUAAGUAUCUCGAAGGGACAAGUGAUGUCACUAAAGCUAUCGUCGAUCUUUGGAUGAAAUACAAGAAAAUUUCGGGAUCGAGCCUUGAUGUCAUGGAAGAUAUAGCGAAAAGGCUUGCUGAAUUCACUUCUAAUCAGUUAAACGAAAGGGACAAGAGAGGUUACACUCCACUCUUAAAAGCGUGUUCGUUACCUUCUAUGAGCCCCAUUGUGAUGAAGUAUCUUAUAGGUACAAAGAUAGAUGUCACCUUUCAGCUACCAGCUGACUUUGACAGACACCACCCAGCAGGGGAGGGGCUGAUUCCAGGGAUGUCCGCCUUGUCAGUAGCAAUUAAAUGCAGAAAUGUUAGCCUGGUUCAAACUUUCAAGAAACAAGAAAAAGAAAAAUUGAUAAAAAUUGUUGACGAGGAUGGAAAUACCGCUCUGCAUCAUAGUAUUCUUUCUUGUUCUAAAUCUGCCUUUUAGGGCACUUUUUCCUUUAUUUGAGCCAAAGGAUGGGAGAGAAAUGCUCAACAUAGAGGGAAAGAGCCCUUUAGAAAUUGCUCUAGAGAUGGAAUCGAGUGGAAUGUCUAAAGGAAAGCAAGAAGAUAACAUCCGAUUCAUGAUUAAAGAAAUGAACAUGAGUAAAAAAUAGAGGAAUUCCCGUCAGAAGAUCGAAAAAUAUCUCAGGUACACAUCUUUUAUUACCUUUUACUCUUGCAGUGUAAGUCAGCCAGAUCAUUGUUUGUGAUAACUUUGGUCCAGAGUAGUUUUAACGUAACUGAAUUGUUGAGAAUUAUGGCCGAGCUAAGUUCUGAGAAAGUGAGAUGCAUAAUAAUCAAGACAAAUGACUGUAAGCGAAGUCCAAUUAAGCUGCCCACACCAUUACAUACAUAGGUCUGAGCCUUGCCAACCUGUGAGAUGUUGAAAUCUAGCUCAGAGCUAGAUAAAUACACUUUUGGUUGAUUGCAAACUGAUCUAGUUUGAAGAAAUUUUCCUCUUAAGUUCGUUUUGGAAAUUUCAAUGUAAUUAAUGUUCAUGUCGGAGUCUUCAACGUAGUUAACGUGGAUGAAAAAAAAGACGUCAUCUUUCCAGUUUCAUCCUGGUUACUUGGCUGACCUGUGAGAUGACGUCUUGGAUACUGAGCCUGCUUUACUAAAAGGGCUCAUAAAGCGUGAAGAAGUUGGUCCCUUCAACGCAAUACGACAAUCCCUCAACUAUAAUCCUUACUGAAAUUGCAAUUCAUCCCAUAUAUAUCUAAAGGGAUUGCAUUUUUUAAACAGCUAUGGGACGUAUAAGAUAUGUUUGAUUUUACUUAAAAGGUGAGGAAUUAGACUGGAAGGGUAAUCUCGUAGAUAGAUCUUUACCAGCUUUUUUAAUACAUAUUUGCUGUUGUCGUUGCGAGUGAAAAUUCCCAGGAGGUUGUUGAACAGCUCUGCAAAAAUCAUUUCAUUCCAUCAGAAAUAUCAACCUAUUUAUGAAAAAUAUUCAAGGUAAAUAGAUGGUUAAGUUGAAUUUAUUAAAAAGGAGAUUUUAAAAGCUCCUUUUCGACUUUUUUUUCCUUUCACAGUCCGAGAUCAAAAAAUGCAUCAACUGCUGAUGGACCUCGUUAGAAAUCUUGUAAGUAAACGGAGAAGUGAUAUGAGCCCUCAGUGUUCUGUGUCUGCCAUCAUUAAGUAAACAAGUAAAGCGACAUACAGUUAUUAAGAUGUCACAUGCACCCUCAGUGUUGUGUCCACAUGCACCUGGCUAACAAAGUAAGAUACGAUUCUACAGAGAUGUGUAGUAUAUAGUGCUUAUUUACAUCCGCCAUUGACAGUCGACAUAAUAAUUUGUCGUGGUUUUCCUCCUGCAAAGUCCUACAUUAUUACGCGUAUUUCUCACAACCAAUCAGCAAAGAUCCGCAUCAAGAGACAAAACAAGGACAGAGGAAUCGUAAGUGAAAACACAUUCUGGAACCAGAUUUGAUUUGCGAAGAGAGACAUUGUUUCGUCUUUGUAAUAGACAACCACUGGACAUUUUUUAACGUAGAUGAAUUCAUGUUACAAUUGUGUAAGUAAUACGGAUAGAAGACAGUCUUCGUCUAGCCAUAGAAACAUAUUUAUCUAUGAGAAACGAUAGGGCUGAGACGAACAUGCGACUUAGUGCAAGUCAUAUUUAGCAUAGAAGCGAUAUUGAAAUAUUGAUAUUUAAGUAAGGUUUCACUACGAGGGUUUUUAAUAUCUUUUAGUGAUAAAAAGACGCCUCCUUCAAGUAGCGUAGUGAAAACAAAAACUUUAAGAAAAUGACGUGUUUUUUGUCGGUACAAAGAUACAAGUUAAAGUUAGGGUUGCCUUCAGCAUUUGCCUCGAAACUAAAAACGCGCCUUCAAAAGAUUUUUUUAAAACCUGAUUAGGUGAUGUACUGCAAGAAAAAUAAGAACCGAAAAAGCAGACUAUUUAAACGAAAAACUAGAAGGAACUGAUAGUACAACUAAUCGUUUGUGGUAAGUUAGUUUAAAAAUAGGUGAUUUUAUCGUAAGACUGUUUCAACCAUCGGAAUGAGAGUUUUCGGGUUUUCACAUAAUUAUGAUUUUUACGAUGGAAGCAUACCAAGCUGUAAAAAUCUCAUGUACCUCUGUUUGAACUACGCCGUAUGGGAAUCUUACGAUCCUUAGAGUAGCAAGAAAAUAAGCAAAAAUUUAGAAACCCUAGGCUAUAUACAGCUAUAAGUUUAGUCAUCUCAUAUAUAUAUAUGGUAUUUGCCGGCUGGGAGGUCCGUAUGGUGAAAAACUGUGACCGAGGUCACAGUUUUUCACCACUCUUGCUUCGAAAUUCGAAAGGUAACAGUUAGUUUUAGCUAAUUAAAGCACACGUAGAUCUAUAAUAGUGCACACUGUUGGCUUGUUAUUACACUUUCUUACCAGAUUAGCUCGCCAUAGAUGCGUAUUUGUUAAGGGUUCUGAGCGUUUGCAGGCGGUAAUAAGUGCUCUUCCGGUUACCGUCUGAUAAGGAGAACCCUGAGUGUUACCGUCUGAGUAAAAGAACCUUUUUUCAAUACCAAGAAGUUACGUUAUCAUUACUCAUGAGUCCAAAACAGCACUGAUUUUUCCACUCUGAUACCAAGAAAGAACCUUACGUUAUCAUUAUUACAAAUUUGAUAAAACUCUCUUUUUUCGAAAAUGUCUUAUAGACUGUUUUCAACUGAUGGUUAAAAGCUUUUCAUGUCUUAUUUUCAAAAGCAUUUUUCAAAACAUAAAAGCUGUCAGAAGUUGUCAUUAAAGUGAAAAAAAUGAUUGACGUUCGAGUCUGGUAUACAAUGUUUUUAACGGGGCGUUUUAUUGUAGAUCUUUACAUUUUCACUUCCAUGGUGGGCAGUCAUAGAGAUUUAUUGGAACAAAAGAAAGUGUUAACAUUGAGUCCUGAGGACUGUUUAUGGUGGUGAUGACUACCAUUUCAACAGCCUUAGAGGAAGUCAUUAUAAGAGUUGCACCAUCUUCAAUGAUGACUUCCUCUAAGGUUGUGGAAAUAUCAGUCACCCCUGCAAACAACAGUCUUUCCCAGGGCUACUCUCGACUGGACAAUCAGAUUAAAUGAUCACCUGUUACUCCAAAUUAAAAUCAUAAACUUUACUGGUAACCAUGGAAUUUAGCAGUGGCAGAUCCAUGAAGUGGCUCAUCAUCCAACGUUUUAAAGUCAAACUGGAAUUUGGAGCAUUCCCAGUUUUUGUUGAGGAAGGAAAUCUGGAGAACUUUAAGGCAAAACUCUCGCACAGGGCACAGCUGAGCACUCUUAACUCUCACAAAAAUGCAUCCCAAAGAGUGAAAGGAGCUGUCAUAAUAUUUUUCGAGUCAUUUUCUUGUGCCCAUUACAAAUUUACCCUGAUGUUGAAGGUGGUGAAGAACAUACUAGCAAGCCCAUUUAGGGUCACAUCUUGACCAUAAUUGAUCCUAAUGACAACUGUCACUAACUCAUCUAUUAACAAUUGAUUAAGACCAAUAUUCUCCAAAGUUUGUCGUGUUGUUUGCUGUGUGUACUCAUAGAACUUCUCUCCACCUAGAGCUCGCAACAUUUCUGGCACAGUAUUGAAUGCCUGUUCCUUUUCUUGCAGAUCAUAAAUAUUUGUAAAAGUUUGUUGACAUUUUUGUGAUAAAAUUGUUCACGGUAAGCAAGUCAAACAAGACAUGCCGCCAAAAUAGCUUUAUGAAAUUCACAAUUUUCCAUCUGCAAUCAUAUAAAAAACAAAUCAUAAAGUCCUUCCCUAUUAUAAAUUCCAAGAAGACUGUUAGGGUCGCUGCUUUUUAGUUUUUAAACCCUACUUACGGAGAAAAAAAUACGAAAAUUGAUAAAUAUGUCACAUGUUCCAAGCCGUGAUUGUUUUGGUCAUCUUGGAAAGGAGAAAAAAUUGUCUCCAAUAAAUUUGAAGUGGUUUCCAAUUGGUGUUGCAAGAAAUAGCAUUUUUAUCUUGUGGUGUUUAAAGUCUUAAAUGAACAUGGAGUAAACAUUUACAUCAAAUAUAAUACAUGCAUCAAAGAAUAAUACAUGGGCACACAGAGAUAUGGGAUUUCUCUAUGAGUGUUCAACUUGAUAUGUCACCCAGUCACAAGCACCCAUGGCCAUGUAUUAUUUUUUUAUUCCUGGAUAAACGCCACCUUGGCCUUUACUGACAGAGAAAGUCAGCUCAAUUUAAGAAAAAACGAAACAACAAUCUGUGAAAAAAGUAAGUUAAAUUCAGUUAUGAUAAGGGCUCUAAAUGUUUAAUAAAUUCACUCCUCGCAUUAUUGUCGUUUAUAAAUUACUAAGGUUGAAGUGGUUGCAAAGAAUAUAAAAGUAUUAAAAGAGGUAGACCUUCUGAAAAAUUUUCGUAACUCUUUCUAUCACUUUUUUUCCACUUUUUGUAUCAUUUUUUUUCAAUGCAUUUCAUUAAUUUUAUGUCAUUACCAGUUUCCUGGGAUGGGGGGGGAGGAAGGGGGGAGAGGGGAAGAAAGGGUGGGAGAGGUACAAGAAUGAGGUUAGCAGGAGGUCAUUGUUUUGUUCUUACUAGCCUUGUUUCUUGUAGCCAACCAGCUAUAUCUGGAAGUUUUUCAUUAAUUAAUUUUUCUUUUUAUUUCGUUUAUUUUCUUCUUAGUAAAGAUCAAGGAGAAAUAUAUUAAAACCUGACAAAUUAUCUUUUAAGCUUAAGCUUCUGAUCUAACAAAAGAGGUAAGCGUUUCUUGUUGCUCUGUAAAAUCGAAACGGUCUAAUAAAUGGAGGUCAGAGAACCUUAAAAGACCUAAAUAUGUCACUAUUACAUAUCAUAAUUUACCUUAAGCACCAACAAUCACAAAAUAAUGUUUUUAAGCAGAAAUGAAAUUGUGACACGAACUAAGACACUCGACGAAAUCUACCAUGUAUUUGUUACUCUUGUGUAUUAUCUCGUAGAGAAUCUCUUUCAUUUUUAAACUUCAAGUAACAAUUUUCCUUUUCCUCUCCCCCUCUCGUAUUCUUUUUGGACGGUGCGCGUAUUUCACAAAUUAGCCAAUCACGUCAGAGAACUCUAAACUUGCCACUGGAAAACUGACGUGGACAUUUUUCGCCUACUUUUAGUUUGUUUUCGCGGAGUGAUAGUCGGUUUUUUUUUAUAUAUAGUCUUGAGAAACUUUGUUUGGAAUUUUCGCGCAAGGCGUUUUUACUUCAGUUCUUUCCGCUGGUUCAUCCCAACAAGUUUAAUACAUAUCUCCAGCGUGGAGUUUGGACUUUGAAAAGAACCAUUUUUUUUCAAAUUAAAGUUUGAAAUAUGGUGCAACGACGAAUGAAUUAAGAGUUCAUGGGAAAGUUUUCAAAGGUGUCUGGGGAACUUUUGGUCGAGAUGAAAUGAAAAAAUCGAAAGGUCGUCGAGGAGGAUGUUAUCGAUAGGUCGAAAUCACUAUGGAGAAGGAAAAAGCCCAACUCGAUGGAAUUUAAGCAGUUUAUUCCGGCGGAUUCAAUUGAAAACUUACCGGAUUGAAUAAAUUUAAAAAACUCAAUGUCCUUGGAGCCUGGACGACCAAAGGUUUUGGUUUUAAUGACAGAUAAAAGUAUUCGAUUAGAAACGCAAAACUUGACAAAAGUUCUUUAUUCAUCAAAUGAUAAAGGGAAAUUGAUGUUAACUGUCUUCAACGCAGUUGAACUGAAUUCUCUUGAGAAUAAACCUCAUCUCUGGUAGUUGAAGAAAGAAAGAAACUGAAAGUCUUGGAAUCGGAAAGGCAAAACUGCCCAAGAUUAAUGAUUAAUCCCAUUUCUCCAAUCCAUUCUGGGAUUCAUUUAGCAAAAAUAUAUGAUACUUUGCGUUUCUUAUAACCUAGGGGGCAAAAUCCUGAUUGGCUGAGACAGAGAAGAUUAUUUUCACCAAAUUAAUGUUCGGAUAUGUUUUUUCUAAUACUGCUGAAUUGUGUCUGAUUCACCCUCUGUUUAUUGAGAUGCAGUGGUUACAGCUGUUUUGACCUUCAUCCGUAAGGUCGUCUGAAACCACCUCGACCAACAAAAAAAACAAAAUUUGGGUUAAUUUUAACCUUGUAACUUUUUCUUUGCAUCAAAUUUUGUUGUAUUUCAACAAUGUGUGUAGAGUUGUAAGAGACAGUUAACACAUCCAGUCAUUCACAAAAUUCUUACUACAGAUUUAAAUUCACUUAUUAAUCUCACGUUUUCUCGCACUUUAGGCCGUUUGAUUAGUUUCACGUCGAGUUCUGAUUGGCUCUUAAACUUAUUUCCCCUUCUCCUGAUUGCCCAUUGUAACAACGACACUCAUGGAGUAAUAACUAAAUUGUCCAGUUGAACUAAUCUGCCAACCUUCACAUUAGCUAUGUAAAACAAGUGAAAUGCGCUUGUUUUUCUAGCAAGCACGUUUCUUGAGUUCACAAAAAUUUUUGUAAGUUCUCCAAUACGAUCCACAAAGUUCACGGAAUAACUAUGUUAUUUGAACCAAAAAUAUAAAUCAGAUGUUGUGUUUUCUUUGUAUUAACUAUCACCCAGGGACAUGAAGUCGAAGGGAAUGAGUAAAUUUAGUAAUUCUUGUGAUGGAUGAGCUGUGAGUUAUUGCGUGCAGAGUUGGACGUCUUGGUAAGAAAACUGAUAUCCUUGAUCUGUUUUGACAUUAUUUAAUCAAAAUGAUAUCGGAAUGUUUUAAUAGUAAUCACUAUUUCUGGCUCACCAAUUUAAGUAUUCCGAUGUCACUUACAUUGAAAAAUGUCAAAACAGAUCAAGAAUAUCAGUUUUCUUACCAUGGCGUCCAACUCUGCGCACAAAGGCACACACAAAAUCCAACUUCUCACUUACUCCUACAAUGUUCAAAUAGCCGUUGAAGUUAAACUCUUGUUGAAAAGUAAGAGCGAGUCUUACAAGAAAAGAAGCUCGACAAUCGGCAUUAAAUGCACGUCAUGAUACUACAUAAUACUAUAAACAAUCAGGCUAACCGACGGGUGCAAACUGUGGUAAACCGGGAGGCCAGCAAACCGUGAAGGAAUUCAGUCUCGUUGCGAUUUCAAUUCACGCUUUCAUGAACGACAACGAAUAAAUGCAAUAUCGGCAGGGAAAAAAGAGGACAAACUUACCGAAAAGUUAUGAAUUGGCUCUGCUUUACGGCAAAACUAAGUGAAGACUCUUCAACACAGCGACUACACCAUGUGAUGGUUUCGCGCCAAUUUUAACAUUCGAUGACGUUAUGCCCCCCAGUAGAUCGCUGUUCCAUGUGCGGUUUGUAUUUGAGGUGGUUUCGGCGAAAUAGCCCUUACGUCACAAGCAAGCAAGCUCGACGAUUCACGACAACAUCGAAAUAUUUCAUGUAAUGCUAAGCAAUUUAAUGUUCAGUUAGAGCGUCUGAUGUUCUGCACAGCUAUUCAACAUAACGCUACACCAUUUGUGUGUACGCUGUACCAUUCGACAUUACGCUGAGCCAUUUCACGCAACGCUACACUGUUUGUAUUUGCAUUGUGGUAAUCGACAUGGCGCCAAGCCAUUUCACGCAACGCUACACCUUACGUGUGUACACUGAACCAUUCGACAUUACGCUGAGCCAUUUGACGCAACGCAACACCGUUUGUGUACUGUGUUGCAAAUUAGUGCUAAGCUACUCGCAAUUAAAAUAGUCCAUUUCACAAUUUCAUGUUCCAGCUCGACAUGGGAAACUAGACCUUUUAUCAUUUGGCUAGACUAUUUAUGUUUAGGGUGUUCUGUUUCAUGAAGGAAACUAAACCGUCUCUAAUUUGGCCAUGCCAUUCCUUUAUUAGCUAUGCUAUCCUGCAGCUGAUCCUUAGACCAGCUUUGUAUUUGCUGAUCUGUUUGAUAUCCCUGUACUUUUGUGGUGAUAGCCGCCCAUACAAGAGGUUUCCAAGAAAAAUUCCUGACAUUCUUGUGAAAUUCUAGGAAUCAUAAACAACAGAAAGGCUCUUGGAUGUCACAAAGGUCAAGUCAAUUAUGAUAAUGACAUGGACGUAUUUGGCGCCUUGGACGUUAACGAUUGAAAUUCUAGCUUUUGAGUUUCUUCGCUUUUUCCAAGCGAGACGAAUUUGUUUUCUUCCACGACGAGGGAAAGUGAACUCAAGCUAAGAAAGUUGACAAGUACGAUCGUUUGUAGUCGAAAAUGUUCAUCUUAGGCAUAGCUGCUUGCGCUCUCUCGUGUGCUGUCUCGAUCACUAGAUUUUGCUGAAAUCUAGCAUUACCAAGACGUGCUGGGGAUCAGAAUUGAAAUUUUCCUGUACUACUCAUUUCUUCUUUAUUUGAGCACAAAACUGGUAAACUUGAUUGUACUUUACCUUUCAGUCAAGCCUGUAACCAAUCAAACAUCGCAACGGAUAUCUGAAACUGAUGGAAGCGAGGAAAGUACAUUUAUAGAUGCAAAGGCCAAUGUCGUAAGUCGGCUCUGGAAAGUCUUAAGGUAAAGGGCUUCGUUUUCUUUUUUUGUUGAAUAUGAAAUGUGUAGAGAUCGACACCUCAAGUGCAGUACCAUUAUAGAAUUCUAAGACAAAGGGUAAACAUGAGUCGCAGCUUAAAAAUGAUUUACAUGUAGACCGUACCGUGUACUCAUGGAUAAUUUUAUCGUGGUCAUACAUAUUGCAAUUUUGACUGUUUGUUAUUAAAAUUCCACCACAAAUAACGCUAUUUUAUGACUUUUUGAGCUAGGAAUUUUUUUUUUAUUUGCGCUCUAUCCACGAUAAAAACUUUUCAAUUUUUAGUGUCAUUUGUAAAAUGACACUACAAGGGCGCAAAUGAACAAUAUUCCCUCAAGUUCAUGUAGAUAUAUAAUAUUAUCAAUAAACAAGGCCAAAUGAUAUCAAGAAUGCGAGUUUUAAUAAUACAAGAAAAAGUGAAUGACGAAUUCAAAGUCACUUCAAAUCAUCAUGUAAGUGUUGAUUGAAGAAGCUAUUAAGAAUCAACUCAGUCCAGUGAACUUAUUAAUAAACUAAUUACUAAAGUCAAGUUUCAGCUUCGUUUGUCGCACCAUUUCUCGAAUUUUUGAUCCCCCCUCGAAGUGGCUUUUUUUUAUUUUUCCGCCUGACCUUUUGCUUCUAAUUUGUCCAAAUCUUGAGUUUAGCCCCAAAUUUGAGUUUUGAUUCUUUUUCUUUCUUUCUUUCUUCCCUAAUUUCUUCCAUUACUUUCAGUUUUCGCCUCGAAGACGAUUCGACGACUGAAAAACUGCAGUUCAAAACCGGAGUUUCGCAAAUGAAUGGUUUUCCCUGGUCGUCAACACUAGGCUUACUCUAAUUGGUUAAAAUCCAUCAGAUGAUGAAGCAAGAACCAAUCAGCUUUAGGGCUGAUAAUGCAUUAGCAGCCCGCUGUCAGUCUUUUGCGGCCCGCUGAGCGUGUGUUUUGAAGAGGCCGAUUUUCUAUUUGGCCGCGUAUAUUGAUAAUAAUAUAAGAUAGCAAUGCAGUCUAUCUAUUGCUCGUAGCAUAAAAUGAAGGUUUCAGGAACAAUCUCGCGAAAUGCAGUCCAAAUUGCAACAUGUUGGUUUUAUUUGGAUCUGUUUCGCACUCUAUUCGGUGGUCUAAUAUAAUCUGACUUUGUAAAAUAAUUUCUCAAUCGUAUUCAAGAUGGUAUUGCAAGUCUCCUGGCGAUACAACGUUUACGACUGGGCCUAGCGUAUUUCGAUUGCGUGAAAAACCAAAUUAGUUGUUUGACAACAGGAAAUGAUUUUUGUCAUUAUAUACAAUUAAAGAAAGGGAUAAUUUUUUGUGAGAGAGUAACACUGCGGGUGAUCGGAGAACGCCGCCUUUCCCGCAGUAUUUUGAUUUAUUGGAAAUAAACCUUUGAAAAUUCUAUUUUCUUUGAAAUUCUGACGUAGGAGAACCAAGUUCAUUUAAUUUGAAAAUUAGAAGAAGGAACUUGUUGGAAGCAACUAACCCGGCAAUAAAGAGCGUGGGUUUAGGUUAGCACUGAGGCAGAUUUUUUCCGGAUGCUUGACCGAGCAAUGGCAUUUACAUGUCAUUCUGACAAAUUACAUGGUGCAAUCAAACAUCGAACAUCAUUCAUUCUUGGACAUCGACAGGAGAUCAAUAAGGGUCUUAUAAGUGUCUCAAAAUUCAAUCAAAUGAUUGAAAGGUCAUGCAAUUUGAACAUCAGUUUUCCGAGAAACUGACAGAAUCUUGCGACAACUAAAUAUAGUGCAUAUUAUAUUACACCGGGUUUCACGAAUCGGGAAUAUCACGCGAUCAGGUUUUAAGCAUCAUUAUAGCGAGCGAAUAUCAAAAGGAAAUGUUAUUUACAUGAUAUUUGAUUUGUUUUGCAGCUGAUCCUUCCAUUUAAAUACAUCCUGAGCACACGAAGCCAGACACCUGGAAUCAGCAGAAAAUAGCUUCAGGUACUAAAUACAAAGCAAACUUAAUUCAUGAUCCAUCCAUUUUACCCUGUCUACAAUCAAUGCUGCCAUUUCAAAAAGCUUCAGGUGCUUAAAAACGCAAGUUAAAUUACUAGUUAAUCCAUGUUUUAUUAUGCAUCUUAGAUAGCUAUUUCGAAAUAGCCUGUAAAACGACCGAUUGGUCAGUAAAAAGUGUCGACUGCAUAUUGCCAACUGCAGACCGGAUACAAAAUACAGACAAAGAAUAAAAGACCUUUUCGUUUAAUAAUUUGAUUUAACCAAUUGAAAUUCAUUCACAAGGUUCCUAUCGUGCAUUGUUUUAAAUUUCCGGUUUUUUUUGACAAGUAAUUUCCGGGAAAUUGUUGAAAACUUUGUUGGUUGUUGGUUGUUAUGCUUACGUGGAUACGACACAAUAUCAUUUAGCCUCGUUUUCAACUCGCACUUCCACGCUAAAUACCUUGCUUCGUUAACCAAACACAAUGCGAGAUUUUAUUCAAUGAUUCGAUUCUACCAAAAAUGAUUGACAAGUGACGCGACGUGAACAUCCCGGCUUUUUCCCAGAAAUAUUGAUGAGCCCUUAUUUCGUUCUAGGAAAUCAACGGGAGAUUAAGCAUCUCAAACUCCAAAGCAGUUUGCAGAAAUAACUUACACUGCGCGAAUCUUCUGACAAGGCUAUAUAUAUCGUUGAUGUUUUGCAAUCAGGCAUGGGACAUCGUUACCGCGGGUGAACUUAGAAAGAAGCUUGAUUUCGUGAUGUUUGAUUUACUUUGCAGCUGAUCCUCCCGUCUAAAUACCUCUGAGCACAGAAACCAGUCACUUGGAAUCAGCAGAAAAUAGCUUCAGGUACUUACCGUAAAGCAAACUUGUUUAAAUGUUGAUCCAUAUUAUACUAUGCAUUUUGAUAGCUUCAGAAAUAUUGUUAUUUCGAAUCGAACUCUCAAACGAGCAAAUUACUACAGAUCUGACUGUGUGUAGACGGCAGACUGUAUCUCGAGUGCAAAGUUUUCUCGCAGGUUAUUUGAAAUAUUGCUUAGCAUAUGAAAUUUCGCAAAUGAGCUAAAUUGGAAAAAAAGUCAAAACUCUUCAUAAAGGGUCAAUAAAGUUUAAGGAAAUAUUUAAUCAUGUAGCAUUCGAUCCAGAAAUUUUCCGGUCCCCGUCGAUAAAACUUUUGGCAUAUUUUAAUAGAUGAAAGUUUGCACUUAACCAAGUUUGCAUUUAUUUAAGUUUUCGGAAGUCAGGCUUGCUUUUGUGCAGAAUCCUUGUAAGAAAUAGCUGGAGAAAAAAGUUUCUGUCACAAUCUGACACCUGUCAAUUAGAGAGCGCGUAAGAAAAGAAAAAGCGCAAGAACAUUUGAAAACAACGGAACUAGUUUGGCAAGGACUGUCACACAUGCCAAAGUUUUCUUCAAAAACAUUCAAUGAUCUAACGGAAAGUAUUAUUCACUCUCAUCGACGAUUCAUUCAUGUACGAAGAUUUACCUCUGUUCAUUAAGUAAACGGCGAGGAAAGUAAUUGUGAGUAAAUUCAAAUUUUUUAUUUUGAAGUUGUGAGAGUUUGCUCGUUUGUUUGCUGCAAUGGCGUGUGUAAAUCUGGUCUUUCCUCCACAAAAACUAAAUUCGAAUGGCACACUCCAAUGAGACACAAGGGGAUUUAAUGCGGCCUUUUCUCAAUAAAUUCCUUCAGUUUCUGUAGUACAAUCUACGGUACAAAUGUCUAAAUUGAACGGACUCGGAAAGACUCACCGAGAGCGUAUAUUUGUUGUAAAACUAAAUUUAAAACUUUGCUGGCUCUUUCACUACGAACAAAUUGUUUGAGAAAAUUCAGAUAUUAAAUGAAUGAAGUUCCUUCGUUCAGUUUAACUGUAACCAAAUACCUCACGUUUUAACUUUCUAGGUACCUUUUGUGAACGAUUAAAAUUAAUUGAAGAAGGUUUUGAGGCCGCUAGUCAACCAACGUAAUGACACUAUUGCAUAAACAAAUUCUUUCUGAGAUCAAUAUUUUUCUGUCAACCACAGUGAUUUGAGAGAGAGAAAAGAGAGGAUUCACAAGUUAUUUAUCGGCUUGAGGUAGUGACCGACGUGUUUGCUUAAAAAUACUGCUUAGCCGGAAAAAACGAGAUAUAUUUAUGAAAAAUGGCAACAAAAUUUGGGAUGUACUCGGCGACUCACGAAAGCGUUACCGUGGCCCGUGGGCAGAGAUAGGAAAAUACUGACCGAGUUGAGAACCAAUCAGAUUGCAGGAUUCAUUACCGUGCCCUCGGAAAAAACAUAUAUAAUCUUGUUACUUCAUGUGUUUUUUUUUUCUUCAUUUUCUUUUCGUAAAUAAGCAGGAAAUAAUUACACUCUGCUGACUUAAAUUAUUGAACAGUCAGUCGAUUCCAACAUCGUUUCCAAGUAUUGUGUAAGGGGACAGAGAGCCCACAAAUCGUCUCACUUCGUCUCGUUUAAUGCGCUUCAAUUCAUGGAACUAGACCGUACACGAGUGAUGACGUUGGCUGUGUCAUAUAAUACUUAUACUCCGUAGUUUCCAUCUAAGAUACCUGUGCUCUUCCGUUUCAGGCGUUAUAUGGGAAACAUGUUACAAUCUUGAACAGCGAUGUCCGAUCAAGGUACAGUUAUUCCCAAUUUGUAUGAAGUUCAUGUAGGGGAACUCUGUAUCAUGAUAUUAUUAGUAAUGGUAAUAGGAAUGAGUGAGUCUAAUCCAGUCUGUAAUCAUAAGAGUGAAGUACUUAUAAAAAAGCGGGUUCUGGUUCAUUUCGUGUCCUCAUGAAUCUUAGCGUGAAAUCAAGGCAAUCCGUGAAUUUUACCAAUGUUCAAGGUCUAUUUUUCCCGUAAACGACGUUGUUCUCAUAAACAGACCUAAUGGUUUUCAGGUUUUUGUAAAAAAUUGUUUUGAUUUACAAUUCUUAAGUCAAGGAAAUUCUUCGAACAGCCGAUAAAAUUUUAACAAAAAAUUAGCAUGAGUCCGCGACAUGUCGAUGCAUUGCGUAAAAUCAACUUGUACGCCUCUGGUGUAUUUAUUUCUUUCCGUCAAAACUGCCAAUAUUUCUCCUCGAAGGGCUGAAUAAUAUAAAAUGUCUCUGGGUGCAUUGCCAAUGGCUUUUGAGAGUAUAUAGACAGAAUUGAUGCUGUCUUCUGGUAUAUCUUGUUUUAUGUCAGCAUCUACAUGAUCAUAAUCGGACGACAAAAUAUCCAAUAACAAUUUGGCAAGUGAAUUGGUGGAAAAAAAGAGUUUUUCAAACCAAUCACAGUCAAGGAAAUUGUAAUUUUUAUGAUUGUAGAAGAAAGGUCAUUGCAGCGGUAAAAAAAUUGCACAUACAAGGAAUGCUGAAUUGUUUCGUGAACUUUUCAGAUAGUGCUUGCUACAGAACCAACGCCGUCUACUGGUCUUUUUAAUAAUUAUCAGAGCUUAAUCAGUUUUCGGUAGUUUUUUUUUUCGUGGAAAAAAAUUUACCAAAUUCCUGUAAAUUCGUCAUUCAGGAUCAAAACGAUAGAGCAUUGUCAGGCUGUAUUUAUCGUGAAAUGGGUAUUAUUGGCAUAAAAAGACGUUACAAAUAUUUACUUCAAACUUGAGAGAGGAUUCAUUACGAACUUGCUUAUGAUAGGUUAAUGGGGUGACCAAAUGGUAACAUAUUUAGUUGCAGGUGAAGUCUUUCGCGAUGAUACUCUCCCGUUCUUGGUAAAUUUCUCACUUAACGAAGAUUCAGCGUGCCUCUUCGAGCAAGGUGACCAUGACAGGGUUUACUAUUGGCAAGCUCCAUUUGGAAUGACUGAAUCUUAUUUUCUUGACUUCUUAAUCGAAGUCGUAAAUGAAAUCGUCUUGACUGAAGUCUCCAAUCAGGAAACGGGCCGAUUACUCGAGCUCCUCCUUCCUACUUCAGAAUUACUUCCAACGUUACAAAAACUGAAUCAGAAACGUAUAAAAUUUUUGAAAAGAAAUGACGAGGACGCCACAUCCAUAUUACGCGAAAACCUCGCUGGCUUUGAACAAAUAAUUGUACUUUACCCCUCCUUGGGAAACAUAUCAAGCGUACAUCUUCGAAUAGACGACGUAACAGAUCCUUCCGGGGAGAUAAGAAAAACAAUCGACCAAAUUCGUCUGAAUGAAGCAACCUUUUAUGCUGAAAGCGAUGCAGAGGAUGAGAAGGAGGAAAGCCAAGAUAUUUAUUCUGAAGAAAUUUACUCGUCAGAUGAAGAUGAAGAAGUUGAGCGGCAAGUCCAAGCAAGCCCGGACAAGCCUUGCUAUUAUCCUUCCCAAAUAGAAAUGGCAACGAUUUUAAGGAAACGAAUUGAAGCCAUUAUGUCCCAUUACCAUAACAUUUCAAGACUCAAGGAGGUCUUCAACGAUAUUGAAUUCGUAGUGUACACAGCCCGGUACAGAAUGCUAAGCAAUCAGACGGAGAAGAGGAUUCGCCAUCCUGACGCAGGUGUACUUUCAAAGGAAGAACUCGAGUCGUGCAAUUGUGAACGUGAUGGAAAGAAACGGAUGUUCAUGUACGUUCGUAGCGCAGAGACGGAUACGCAUUUUGAAAAACUUAAAGAAGAUGUUCAGGAAAAACCCCAGACACUCUUUGUCAUUGUAGCAGACGAAUGCCACUGGGGAAUAACCAAAGACAAAGCGAGCAAACCCUCUGCCCAUAAUCUUUUCAUCAAUGAAUGGUCCAAAGGCAACCCCCCCAAAAAUGUUAUUGUUCUACAAAUCUCAGCGACACCGUUUAACCUCCUGACGCAGAACUCUCGUCUUCCUCUGGUUCCUUGCGUUAUUCUCAAGGAAAACGUCUCUCCAACCAACCAAGCAGGCGAUCUCGUGGUCCUUAAGCAAGAACCUGACUUGGAGCGAGUAGGGGAAACCUCAAAGAAACUUGAACUUCACGUUGUCCACUGGUCAGAAGUUGAACUUAAAAACUUUGAGAGAGGAAUGCGAAUGAAACUCAAGUCAACUCUAAACAUUGACGAUUCUCUAUACAAGUACCUUCAACUCUCUACCAAGGGAAACCUAGGUGUCACAUCUGUACCAGAAGAGGCAACGGAAUUCCUUAUCCAAGGUAGCCACGGCAUAGUGACUUUCAAAGCAGAAGAAAAAGGAGGACGCUUGUUGACGGUCACCACGGAUACCCAUGGAAACUUAGAAGCCAAAAGUGAUCCUCCAGUACCAACAGAAUUUGAGGUUAAGAUGGAUUUUGGAGUUGGAGUUGUCGCUUUUCGAUCUUGCGACGAACGAGAUCGCUACAUUUCUGUUGACGAGAAUCACUGCGUCAGUUUGGAAACCGCCAAAAUUGAGCGAAAAUGUGGUGUUUCUAUUAUGAAACCAAAACAUGACCUGCGUGAAGUUUCUUUCCAAUUCUACACUGAUCAGUCGGCACCGAUGCAGGUGAACACGGUUGGGAAGCAGUAUAUGAGUUUGAACUACUAUCUCAGCACCCUGAACAGUCCCAUCAAGAAAGACCAGAAAAUUCGGGAAGAUGAGACCUUUCAAAAAUUGUGGACAAGGCCAAGAGAGGAUGGAAAAAUUCACAGUCAGGCUCGACUUCUUUUCCAAUUGAUGCCUUGCUUUGUGCUGAUUACUGCUACCACAUUAUACUUUCGAGCGUUUUCAACAGAGGUGACGAGAUAUGUAAAGCACUGA